AUGCUAACAUUCAAUCGCUUCCUUAGUCGACCAUAUCCCAACACCCGGGACGGCCCGACGAUAUCCUUCUUCCAACAACAGCUCCUGAUGGAAGGCACGCGCGCACGAAGCAAGUCCGAGUCCACCAUGUCAGCUAAGUCAGUGGCUUCUACGCCAAGCGUGGACGAGCUUGAUGUGCCCUUCCCGGCCGACGACUUUGCAGACAACGAUGGACUAAGCUCUUUCCCUUCAACACCCGGCAAGCUCUCGCGACAGGGCUCUUUCUCCAACAGCAGCUCGUAUCAGGAGGACUGGGAGUCCUUUCCACCGCUGGACAAGCUGACUAUUUUUGACCUCCUCGACAACAUACAGCUCUCGCAGCGCUUGGAGAGAUGGCAGCAGACCAUUGCCAUGCAGAGGGAGAAGGUGCGCAUACAGCGAGAGAAAUUCAAGUCUUCUUCGUUGAUCGCGAAGGAGCGUGUGGUGGACGAGUGGAAACGCCGAGCACCCACCGCCGAUGAGAAGUUGGAGAAAUAUCGCGCUCGGAUGAAGCAGGGCGUAGAGCGUCUGGGCAAGCAAUGGAACCAGACGGCCACCGUCACACUCCGAGAGAAGGUUGCUUUUAUCGCCGGUGUGCUCAAUAUUUUCAUCAGUGGCUACCUGGUCGGUGCUAGCCCACAGCACUUCUACAUAUGGUACAGUGCUCAGCUGGCACUAUUCAUGCCUAUCCGUUAUUUCACUUACCACGCCAAGGGAUACCACUACUUCCUGGCUGAUCUCUGUUACUUUGUCAACUUCCUCUGCAUGCUGAGUGUUUGGGUCUUCCCUAACUCGAAACGACUUUUCAUUAGCACUUUCUGCUUGACCUUCGGAAAUAAUGCCGCCGCAAUCGCCAUGUGGCGUAACUCGCUGGUUUUCCACAGCUUGGACAAGGUUGUCAGCCUCUUCAUUCAUAUCAUGCCACCAGUCACCCUACACUGUAUCGUUCACUUGACCUCAGUUGAUGUGCUCAAAGAACGCUUCCCCGCGGUCCACAACAUCAAGUAUAGCCAGCCAGGGGAUCCAGAGCACUAUGGCCUCAGCGCCAUGAUCCUCUGGUCCACUGCCCCAUAUGUGAUUUGGCAGCUCAUGUACCACUUUCUGAUUACCGUGCGCCGUCGCGACAAGAUCGCGGCGGGUCGCCCGACCAGCUUCACCUGGCUGCGCAAGUCAUACUCUAAGUCGUGGAUUGGGCGAUUUGUGCUGAGUCUUCCUGAGGCAUUGCAGGAGCCAUGCUUCAUGUUUAUUCAGUACGCCUUUGCUCUGUCCACUAUGAUUCCCUGCCCAAUCUGGUUCUGGUCCAAAUGGGCCAGUGCUUUAUUCCUCUCUGCGCUGUUCAUCUGGAGUAUCCACAACGGAGCGACCUACUACAUUGAUGUCUUCGGCAAGCGCUUCCAGAAGGAGUUGGAGCAGCUGAAGACAGACGUUGCACGUUGGCAGAGCUCCCCUGAAGGAGCGGUCAGUCCUUCUCUUGUCCCUGAGCCCAGCCCUCUCAGUGAAGCCCUCAAUGAAAAUACUGAGGAGAAGCGAUCCAACGUGGAUCGAAUUCCGUUGCUGGAUACUGCCGACGCUUCUUCUACUGAUAUUCUGAAGAAGACGGAUAAGAGCGAGGAUUAUACGGUUCGAGAGCGGACUUGA